AUGGGAGCGUGGGCUGUGCUGUGUGGAGUCUCGUUGAUUUGUAUGCUGGACCUAGGUCAGCAGAGCCUGGUUGAGGAACCUAGUUGUGGCCCUGGCAGCUUCCAGCAUGGAACUGGCACCAACACACGAUGCUGCAGCCUGUGUGCUCCAGGCAAGGAGACCUGUCCUGAAGGAGACUGUAUAUGUGUCAUGCCGGAGUACCACUGUGAAGACCCUCAGUGCAAGACCUGCAAACACUAUCCCUGCCAACCAGGCCAGAAGGUGCAGCCUUAUGGGAAUAUUAAGUUUGGCUUCGAGUGUGUUGACUGUGCCAUGGGCACCUUCUCCGCAGGUCGUGAGGGCCACUGCAGACCUUGGGCCGACUGUGCCCAGUUUGGAUUUCUCACCAUGUUCCCUGGGAACAAGACUCACAAUGCUGUGUGCAUCCCGGAGCCACUGCCCACUGAGCAACAUGGCCAUUUGACUGUCAUCUUCCUGGCCAUGGCUGUGUGCAUUCUCUUCCUAACCACAGCCCAGCUCUGCCUACACAUAUGGCAGCUGAGGAGGCAGCAUAUGUGUCCCCGAGAGACCCAGCCACUCUUGGAGGUGCAGCCACCAGCUGAGGAUGCUUGCAGCUUUCAGUUCCCUGAGGAGGAGCGUGGGGAGCACAUGGAGGAAAAGAGUCGUCUGGGAGACCGGUGGCCAUGAGGGUUGUUCUUCCUCUGUACCCCAAGCCAGAUCCUCUAAGACUUGCCCAGACCUACCCUUGGUGAGAGCAAAGGCUCUACUGUGCAUUCUUCCCUGGGCCUGGCCCUGCUCCCCUCUAUGGCGGAAGUGGGUAUAAGGUGUUAAUGGUGGUAAAUUGCACCUGGGUGUAAAAAGAGUAGUGACUACAAUGGCCCUAUGGCAGCCAUCCUCUUUUGCCAGCUCUGUUGGAAUAGGGCCUUUAGGCUUUCCAAGAGCACUGAGUGUU